AUGUACUUCACAAGUGUGCUGACAUUGCACAUCGCCUGGAUACCAUUCGCUGUCUCCGUGUGCGGCCGCCGGAGUCGGUUUGAACGACAGCAACUCAAAUCUGAACCAAUGCCGCGUACACCGCAAAGCAGAACCAAGUCGGGAACGGAGAAGACCCAGAAACAAAACCAAAAUCAAAAGAAAUCCUCGAAAAUCCACAAUUUCCCGCAAUUACUAAAACUUCCAAGAAUUCCAAAGAAGAAACCAACGCCUAAAAAAGACCGACAAAAAAGAAUCAAGGAAAAAGCUAAAAAAUUGCCUAAAGCCGGUAGCGCGACGGUGCAAACCCCGAACGAUGGGGUAAAAACACCUGCCACUGCACGAUCAGUGAAUAAGUCACAGCCAUCGAAUGCGAUGAAAACAGCAGAACACUUGGAAGAAGAGGAUGUGUGUUUCCAUAUCGAAAAGUCGAACAACGAGAAGCCAGAGAUUAGCACAGAUCUCGACUCGAUCAUCGUCGAUAAAAAUCCGUUAACGAAAAAGACUGUUCAGAUGGCUUUAAUUAAAAAAAUCCAUGAUGCCGAAACGGCCGAAGUACAGCAGGCUGAAGCACAAAAUGAAAAUAAUAACAGAAGUGUGGAGGGUGAAGAAGCAAGUAUCAAUGAAGUGCAGCAGAUAGAACAUAAGUUGGAGAAAGGAGAGGAUUAUGCCCUUGCAAACAAACAGAGAAGACAAGUCAUAGAAGACCGAAGCCGCUAUGUUCUCAGGUCUAUGUCCCCGAAGGAAGUGAGCUUGUCUAAAAUAUUCUUGUACUUUUGUAGAAAAAGCUGCUUUGCUACAGUAGCAUGUGGUGUUGUAAGAUACUUGACGGCAGUGUUCAAUAGAGAUAUUUGA